AUGACCAAGCAGCAAGCGCCGUGCGCUUACGGUGGAUGUGAGGUCCUGGGCGACGAGGAGCUGGUCGCCGAGCCUUGCACAGCCUGUCAGAAGCCCAUCCACCACUUCUGCUCCAAUGCGCUUCGCGAUGGGGACCUGGACGUGCGCGUGUGCUCGAUUAUCUGCCGCAACCGAUGCGCGAAGGCUCCAGCUGCCUCCGAGACGUCCAAGGCCCACAGCUCCAAGCGAAAGAAGCCUACGCGUCAGACUCGGUCUAAAUCCGCUCCACGCGCAGGCAAGACGUUGAAAGCACCGGACAACUCCGAAGCUGGUCAACAACAAGCUCAACAACCACUUCGUGUCCAUGAUGAGGGGUUUGAACUCGCUGCUGGGUGUGCUAGUGCCAGCUCCAGCGUCUCGCUAGCAGCCACCACCAACGCAGCCCCAUCAGGACCAGUAAUUCAAGUCGGAGGUGUCGCUCACAAGCGCCGAGUUGGCUCGCAUGAUGCUGUGAGACUCCAAAGCAUUCUCGACCAAGAUUUGGAUGAAUCAGAUGAAACCAGAGCUGACCGUGAACACGAGACCCGUGAGCGUGACGGUGAGCGCGGCUCAGCUGAUAAACAAAGCCCCAGUAAGAACAAGGCUAAGAACAACAGCAAAAAGGAGAAGAACGCCAAAAAGAAGCCCAAGAAGUUUUUCUUCACGCAAGAAGCCGAACUCGCGCUGUUCAAGGAGAUGCUCAGCGUUGAACCUUACGCCACCGAACAUGGGUUCAAGAAGCAACGCUACCAAGCAAACCGUUUGGAGCUGCUGCUCUCCGAGUUCAUGCUCGACGAUCAAUCGUACCUAAAGAAAUCGGGGGUUUCUGAGCAGUAUACAGAGCACAAGCGGCUUCUUCAAGAUAUCUCGGACCGCAUCCGCGAUGUGGAGGAGGAAAAGAAGAAGAAAAACAAGAAGAAGAAAGACAAAGCAGCGGCACUGCAAACACAAGGUGAAAUUCUGCGUGACCAAGCUGUGAAGCGUAGAAGCGAGAGAGAUAACGCGGCGACGGGAGAAGCUGAAAGUGAUGAGGGUGCUGAGGAUUGUUCUGACACUGGAGACACUUCGAGACAUGCACCACCACCGGCUCAAGGAACGACAAAGCCUAUCGCGAACUCAGCAGGAAUAAUGGGCGCUUUCAUGGUGUUUCAAUCUCAGAACCGUGCCGACAACAAACAGUUUCAACGUAAACAACUUGAGCUCCUGGAGAACAAGUCGAGCGCGGAAGCUAGUAGAUGGGAACAAGAAUUCAGCUUCAAGAAGAAACAGCAAAUGAUCGGCCAAACCCGAUGGAAGGACGAGCUCAAGCUUCGCAGAGAAGAAAUGCAACUCCGCCGAGAUGAACUGCAGCUACUGAGAGAUCAGUUUGAAGCCCAGCAACGUGUCCGCGGUGUUGCCCAGCCGGAAUUCCGACUCGAGUAA